AAUACAAAUCAGCAGUCCACAUUCCUAGCAGCCUUUUUUACAUCAUCCUUUUACUGACAGCAAGCUGGGACUUUGCUCUUUAUACAUACCGUCUUGGGGUUAAGACUCCUUUGGGGGACCCCAGGUUACUUUGGAAAAUGAAGUUCUGGGCAAUUUUUACCCUGAUUCUUGUCCAUGAAGUUCUACAAAAUGUUUUUGGCCAACCAGCCAGCAAAGGGAAACGUCCAAAAGAGCCUGCAGAAAAUAAAAUUAAACCUGCAAUAAAGAAGCUAAAACCCAAAAUUACAAAGCUGAAGGACUCCACAGACCCUGUCUCAAAGGUGCAGUCUAUUAUGAUGCAAGUUAUGGACAAAGGUCGGUUCCAGAAGCCCCCCGCUAUGCUCACCAUGUCAGCGGGGCAGAGCAUGGAGCUUAGAUGUAAAGGAGAGAAGAUAACAUGGAACUACCCUGAAUAUCUGAACACAUUCAAGAACUCUAGACUCAGCAUAAAGCAGCAGGACAGAUACGGGCAGCUGAUCCUGGUGAACUCCUCUGCAAUGGACACCGGGGAGUUCAGCUGCUGGGCCCAGCUCUGCGACAGCCUCGGCUGCAAAAAGGACGAAUCCAAGACUGGCUCCACGUACGUUUUUUUCACAGAUAAAGGAGAACUCUUCGUACCAUCUCCAAGUUACUUUGAGAUUGUCUACAUGAACCCAGAUAAGCCAGCUGUCAUCCCAUGUCGUGUGACCACUGCAUCUGCUAAAGUCACCCUACACAGAGAGUUUCCAGCUGAAGAAAUAAAGGCUGAUGGCACAAGCAUUUCCUACGAUGUAAAGAAAGGUUUUAUUUACCAGCACCCCAGUUACAACCAAAGUGGAGUGGUGUAUUGCCGGGCAGAGGCCAGAGGAACCCCACAAAUAUCCAUUAAAUACCAGCUACUCUAUGUGGAAGUUCCCAGUGGACCACCCUCUGCAACUAUUACAGCCUCGGCCAACAAGGUUCGAAGUGGAAGUGACUUCAGUGUCUUCUGCACGGUCCUGGGGGAACCAAACGUAGAAGUAGAAUUUACUUGGAUCUACCCAGGACAACAAUAUGAACGGCCUGUGACCAUUCAAGACUCCUGGAGACUGGUCAACCGUGGCAUUGGGCAUACUACCAGAAUCUCAAACAGCGUAAUCACUGUAGAAGACUUUGAAACAAUUGACGCUGGCUACUAUAUUUGUAAAGCACAGAAUCUCCGAGGACAGACAACACUUGCUACCAGAGUGGACAGAUAUUAAAUGGACCCUUCAUUCCAGACAAGAAUGCCUUGAAGGCAAAACUUACAAGAUUCCUUAAAGUCCCAAACAGAUUUCACAAGAGCUUAUUCUCUCCAGCAGCCCAUAUGUACUAAAGAUGUCAUACAGUCUGCCAGAUGUGGAACAUACUGGUCCGUGACGGUACCUCAAGCUUUUACUCUGGGGUAGAAUUUCUAAACCUGGGUUCUUUAUACAAUAGUCAAAAUGAUAGAAAUUUAUUUGUAUUCAGUCAAAUACAUUAUGUGUAGUAUUCCAUUUAACCGUGUAUCAUAUUAAAACCAAAUAAAUACUUAUUAUUUUUCAUUAUAACUAUAUUUAGCUGUGAAUAGGUCACCAUAGUACAUACCAGUCAGAAAGAAAAUCAUUCACAAACUGCAGUCAUGUACUGACCUGUGAACAUAAAAAUGGGGUGUUGUAAUGUUUGAAUUCAGCAAGUGUAUAUCAUGCGUUUGGUAUUACCCUUACCACAAGUUUGAUAUACUACUUUGAGGAAUAUUGGUUCUUCUUGUGGAGAACAUGCUGGGGUAGGGAGUCUUGCAGUCAAUAUGCAAAUAAGCUACCCUCUAGAGGAAAGACAACAGUCUAGUGUCUAUAGGUAGAUACCAUGUAACGUCUAACCAAUCUUCGAGCCUUGAAACAAACCAGAGAUGGACUGACCAUAGACCCAACAAAGAAAUUUUCCAGUGGGCUGAAACCCAGGGGGCCACCCGAACCCCUCCUCAAGAACCAGCAUUUCCUGAGAGCUGCAUCAAAGGCAUCUAAUUCAACCAACCAGUACGCUACUCCAGUGUUCCUCCACUCCAGUCCCCAGGGCACACCUGCAGGUUAUGAUUCGAGACUGGCAGGUGGACCCUGAGGACUGUAGUUGAGGAACACUGCCCUGAUGAUGGACAAGAAACCUGAAGGGCAUGUUUCAGAAGAGAUUUGUACCUAUGAAAUUGGCUGAACUGUUGCAUCUGCUCUUGGCAGCUGAAGGCAUCUGUGUUGAUCCCAUGUUCAUAUGUGCCUGCAUUGCUGAGAAAAACUAGGUUCUAAGGGCUAUGUUUUCUCUCUGUGCGCCAGGCAGGUCUCCUUAUCUCUGAUCUUAUAAACACUCAUUAUAGCUCAGUCC